AUGAGAUACGAUUGGGAGCUUACGAAGGGCCUUGCUAUAAUAACAGACGGGCAGCUUGGGAAUCAGCACAUGCAAGAUAUAAAGGCCGUCGUCGAGUGUAAGGGCUCCGAACGGAAGAUACAGUGUAUUUACACUUCUACUAAAGCGGCACGGCAUGUGAAAAUUAUACAAGCUUUGUUUGGUCCAGGGACGGAAUUGGGACAAUAG